AUGGUUUUUCUUUGUGUUUGUGGUGGGAGAUUCCAAACUCCUGAUAGCCUUGCAACUCACAUGCAGUUGAGGCAUCCUGUUGAUUCUGUUAUCAACAACUAUAAGUGUUUGCAACAUACUGGUUGCAAAGGUCUAUUUUUUGACUCUAUUCAGAAAUUUAAAAUACAUUUGUUAAGGAAACAUGCAGCUGACAUUGGGGUUGACAAUUUAAUGGAACCUGUUGACAAUGCUGAACAUGAAUUUUUAGAAAUCAAUGUACCUGGUAAUGCUGCUGAGUUACCUCCACAAGAUGAAGUAAUAGAUGUUCCCAAUUUUGAAACAUUUGCUAAUGCUGUUCAUCAGUCUGGAAUGAUAUUUGUUUCUAAGCUAUACAAUAAGGAUACGGUACCUAGAUGUGUUGUUCAAGAAGUAGUCGCUUUUGCACAAGAGUAUAUGGGUGGCUUUACCUCAUUGCUGAAAACUAAGGUUCUACAUGCUUUAGCUAAUAAUGAUGAUGUUGAAACUAAUGAAAUUAAAGCCAUGUUUUCUGUUCUUGAAAAUCCAUUUGCUGAGAUAGCUACAGAAGCUCAACAAAUAACUGCUUUCAAAAAUGCUGGAGCAUACAUUGGCCCAAGCAAUUAUUUUAUUGGUAGCUCACUUAAAGAUGUAUGUGUAAGGGGUACUAUGAUACCACAAAUGGUGCCUUCGUAUGGUCAAUUCAUUGAUAUGAAGCUGACUUUAAAAUAUUUUCUAGAAUUGCCUGGUGUCUUUGACAAAAUUAUGCUGAAUUAUGCAAAUUUAAGUGAUGAACAUGACAUAAUAUCCAAUUUUAUCCAGGGAUCUUUGUGGAGAGACAUUUCGGCUCCCUAUGUUGCAGAGGAGAAAAUAGUAUUGCCUCUGUUUGCAUAUUCAGAUGAUUACGAGCCAAAUGAUGGUUUGGGGUCUCAUUGUCUUGAUGAGAAGACAAGUGCACUGUACUACAAAAUCCCAUGUAUUCCACCUGAAUACUUAUCUUUGCUACGGUAUAUUUUUAUUGCAGCAGUCUUCUAUGCUGAUGACCGUAAAGAAUAUGGCACUCCUGCUUGUGUUAAAUGUUUCUUAGAACAAUUGAAAUAUCUGGAAAAGCAUGGUGUAAUAAUAGAACUUCCUGAAAAAUCUGUUACAGUGUACUUUGUGCUAGGCCUUUUACUCGGUGACAACCUAGGUUUGAAUGUUAUUAUGGGAUUUGUGGAAUCUUUCUCCGCUAAUUAUUGUUGUCGUGUGUGUAAAGUAUACCAGAAAGACCUGAAGUUUAUGAUAAGAGAGGACCCUGCGUUGCUUCGCACUCCUGACAACUAUGAAACUGACCUUGGUAUUAAUGAUAGUGAACGCACUGGAAUUAAAGAAGAAUGUCCCUUUAAUGUUCUGAAUUCUUUUCACAACUGUGUAAAUGUUGCAGGAGACGUCCUACAUGACGUAGAAAUAGGAAUCUGUGGCUAUGCCUUGCCUCGGAUAUUGUUCUGGUUAAUACAUGUUCGACAGUAUUUUACCCAUGAGACCCUAGUUGCAAGAGUUCGUGGUUUUAACUAUGGUCCCUCUGAAUGUGGAAACAAGCCCUCUGUUUCUAAACUGUCACCUAACAGGAUAGCGUCUUGCACUAAAUUUUUGUUGUCAGGUUCUGAAACUCUAUGCUUAAUUCAAAAUUUAGGUCUAAUGGUUGGUGAUCUUGUUCCCUCUGAUGACGAUGUUUGGUUGUACUACUCUCGCUUAUUGAAUAUGUUGGAUUUUAUAUUGGCACCCUCAUUUGUUGUUGGGAGUGAAGUCCUCUUCAAAACUCUAGUAACAGAGCAUCACGAAGCAUAUAUUGAUACUUUUGAUGAGAGUUUGAAACCUGUCCAUCAUUUAGUGCUUCACUAUUACCGUUAUAUGCUGCUAGUUGGGCCGCCCAUUCACACCAGCACCAAGAGGUUUGAAAGCAAGAAUCGUGAAAGUAAGCAGGUGGCACGAUCUACAAAUUGCAGAGUAAACUUAUUAUUUACACUCAUGAUUAAGAAUCAGUUAAAAUUUACCUACCAGCUUCUUUGUAAGACAGCCCUGAUGGAACGUUUUCAGAGUGGAAAUGGCAAAAUGUUCCGUGUAGGGGAAUUGCCUUUUGGCCAUGUUGUGGGACUUCAUGAAAAUGAAAAUGUAACUUCUGUUGAAUGGAUUGACUUGAAUGGUACUCAGUAUCAGAUUGAUCACAUUGUUGUCUACAAAUUGACUUAUUUGUUCCCUAUAUUUGGGAAAAUUGUUAGCAUUUUGCUAUUUGGCAAUAAUCAGGUUGUUUUUGUUUUGAAAGUUUUGGAAACUUUGUAUUUCAGUGACCAUUACCAUACCUUUGUUGUUCGAGAGACAGAUGAUGUGCACUGUUGCUCUCCAGCUGCUCUCAUUUCACAUCAGGCAUUGUGGCUACGAAUUAGUGUGACCGGGGACAGUUUCGUGUCCGUGCGCCAUCUUAUUCAAUAA